AUGACAUGGGAGGAGUUUAAGACACCGUUUCUUAAACAUCAUAGUCCCAAAGCGGUCAUUAAUAGAAUCAAGGAAGAAUUCAUGCAACUCAGGCACAAGGGUGAGUCCAUAGAAAAGAUCACGGGGAUGUUUAUGGAUAAGAUGAAGUUCUGUGAUGAAUUGGUGACGAAUGAAGAACAGAAGAUAUACUACUACCAUAACAUGUUGAGUGCAGAAUAUAGAGAGUUCAUAACCCCUUCAAAAUACGAGACCCUUACCGAGAUCAUUAAUGCUGCUCGAGAAAGGGAGAUUGAACUGAAAAAGAGCAUUGAACGGGGUGAACAGAGGGCACAAGAAGUAAAUCCAAGCCCUACCAAGAAAGCACGAACAAAUGAAACCGCGAAGAAAUCGGAUACGAAAGAGAAAGUGACUGUUUGUUACAAUUGUUACCGACCGGGUCACAAAAGAUCGGAAUGCCCAGAACUGGUUGGAAAGAAAGAUGGGCAAGACUCGAAAAGUGAAGCCCCGAAAGCAAAAGCAAGAUCUUUCCAAUUGACCGCUGCAGAAGCAAAAGUCGAACCUGACGUGGUCUCAGAAAAGAUGUCAGAAGUUUACACUAAUGAGAUAAUAGCACGCCAUGGGGUACCGGUAUCCAUCGUGUCCGAUAGGGAUACUCGGUUCACUUCAAAUUUCUGGCGAGAUUUCCAAGACCAAAUGGGAACCAAAUUGUUCAUCAACACUGCGUACCAUCCCCAGACGGAUGGACAGAGUGAAAGAACAAUACAAACGUUGGAAGUUAUGCUACGGGCAUGUAUAAUCGACUUUGGAGGCAGUUGGGAUGUUCAUCUACCCUUGGUCGAGUUUUCUUAUAACAACAGCUACCAUGUUAGUAUUGGGAUGGCACCGUACGAAAUGCUCUAUGGUAGGAAAUGUCGAACCCCGGUAUGUUGGGGUGAAGUGGGCCCACGUGAACUUGCCCACCAAGAUAUAGUACGAGCCACAAAUGAAAAGAUUGAUGCGGUUCGGGCUCACUUGAAAGCGGCUCAAGAUAGACAAAAUUCGUAUGCUGACAAAAGGAGGAGACCGAUCGAGUUCCAGGUUGGCGACAAAGUCAUGCUCAAAGUAUCCCCAUGGAAGGGGGUUAUCCGGUUUAGAAAAAGAGGGAAAUUGAGCCCAAGAUUUAUCGGGCCAUUUAUGAUUGUUGAACGAGUAGGAAAGGUGGUUGAUGAAAUUGUAGAAACUAGAUAA